CCACCCACGCCCUCCCCGCCAGCGAGAGCCGCGGGACAUUUUAUGUUUGUUUUCCUCCUCGGGGGGCGUGUGGAUUUUUUCCCUUCUCGCCCGCAGAAAGCGAGUGAGCGUUUCCGAGUGCGAGCGGCGCGACUUGCCCCAGUUUUCAUGCGAGGUUUUGGGUCAUGAUCACAUCGCCCUCGCUUUCUGCUCUCAGAAGUAGUAAGCGCAGCAGCAGCCUGAGCGAGCCCGGAGGCAGCCCCCGCCGCAGCCGCAGCGCCGCCGACCUCAGUGCCGGGCCGACCGGGCACGCUGGGAGCCCCGGCAGCGCCGCCGCCAAGCCCUGCUUCCACGCCGUCCCCCCCUCGGACCCGCUGCGCCAAGCCAACCGCCUGCCCAUCAAGGUGCUGAAAAUGCUCACGGCGCGGACCGGCCACAUCCUACACCCCGAGUACCUGCAGCCUCUCCCCUCCACGCCCGUCAGCCCCAUCGAGCUGGAUGCGAAGAAAAGCCCCCUGGCCCUUUUGGCACAAACUUGCUCGCAGAUAGGAAAGCCGGACCCGUCCCCUUCCUCCAAACUCUCCUCGGUCACCUCCAAUGGCUCCGGAGGCGACAAGGACUCCAAGUCGGGCCCCCUGAAGCUCAGCGACAUCGGCGUGGAGGACAAGUCGAGCUUCAAGCCCUACUCCAAACCGGGCGCGGAGAAGAAGGAGCCGGGGGCGGCGGGCUGCGCGGGCACCCCCGCGGCGGGGGUCGCGGCCGGAGAGAAGUCGGGAUUCCGGGUGCCGAGCGCCACCUGCCAGCCGUUCACCCCAAGGACAGGCAGCCCCAACUCCAGCGCCUCCGCCUGCUCGCCCGGGCUGCUGCCGGCCGAGGGCAAAGGCGGGGAGGACAAGAAGGACUCGGAGAGCUGCGGCAAGAGCGGCGGCUCCGGCACGGAGGGCGGCCCGGGCUCCGCCGGCAUCGGCCACGGCCGGAUUAGUGUGAGCUGCGCCGGGAUUAACGUGGAGGUCAACCAGCACCAGGAGAGCGCGCCGGGCUCCAAGCCCAUCGCUUCGGACUCCGCCUCCUCCUGCAGCAGCACCACCGCCACCUCCUCCGCCUCCGUGCUGGGCUCCGGCCUCGUGGCCCCCGUCUCCCCCUACAAGCCGGGCCAGACCGUCUUCCCGCUGCCUCCGGCGGGCAUGAGCUACCCGGGGACGCUGGCCGGGGCGUACGCGGGCUACCCGCCGCAGUUCCUGCCGCACGGCGUGGCGCUCGACCCCACCAAAUCCUCCAGCCUGGUGGGGGCCCAGCUGGCGGCCGCGGGCAGCCUGGGCUGCAGCAAGCCGGCCGGCUCCAGCCCGCUGGCGGGCGCGUCGCCGCCGUCGGUGAUGACGGCCAGCCUGUGCCGAGACCCGUACUGCCUGAGUUACCACUGCGCCAGCCACCUGGCCGGCGCCGCCGGCGCCUCCUGCGCCCACGACCAGGCCCUCAAGUCCGGAUACCCCCUGGUGUACCCCACGCACCCCCUGCACGGCGUGCACUCCUCGCUGACCGGCGCCACGCCGCCCUCGCUGGCCGGCCACCCCCUGUACCCCUACGGCUUCAUGCUCCCCAACGACCCCCAGCCGCACAUCUGCAACUGGGUGUCGGCCAACGGACCCUGCGACAAGCGCUUCGCCACCUCGGAGGAGCUGCUUAGCCACUUGCGGACCCAUACUGCCUUCCCGGGCACCGAUAAACUCCUCUCCAGCUACCCCAGCUCCUCGUCGCUGGCCAGCGCGGCGGCCGCGGCCAUGGCGUGCCACAUGCACAUCCCCACCACGGGCGCCCCGGGCAGUCCGGGCACGCUGGCGCUGCGCAGCCCGCACCACGCUCUGGGACUCGGCAGCCGCUACCACCCGUACUCCAAGAGCCCGCUGCCCACCCCCGGCGCGCCCGUGCCCGUGCCCGCCGCCACGGGACCCUACUACUCCCCUUACGCACUGUACGGGCAGAGACUCACCACAGCCUCGGCGCUGGGCUACCAGUGAGCGGCGCGGGCGGGAGGGGGAGGGAGGGAGGGGAGGGAUGGAGCCCUCCGAAUUCGGUGGAAGUCGGCAAGGAAAAAACAAAAAAAACGACAACAAACAUCCCCCCCCCCACAAAACAGAAAUGGGACUUUUUAUACGAUAGUGUUCAUCUGAGGACUGGAUCCGUGAGCACUGUAUUUAUUUAUGUUAGCUUCAAGCGGGACAACGAAUCAUAAAGUGCAUUACUUAACUGAGCUCAAUAGGUAAAAGUGGAACACCCAUUGUAGAAUAUAAAUAAAAAGAUAGAGGUCUUCUCUUUAAUGUUACUUUAAAA